AUGCAGCCGGAGGAGGAGAAGUCGAGGGUCCUCGAGGAGGAUGUUCCUGGGGCGUCGCAUCCACAAUUUCCACUUUGUCUCACGGGGCUGAAUGGUGGUCAAGGGCGAACGUGGGACAGGCCGGCGAGCCCGCCAUUCCAGGGAGCAAGAGUCCUGGCCAGCGUGCGCGUACAGCGCUAG